AUGACUUCAGUGCUGGGCAUUACCCUGCUGACUUUGGUCCUAUCAGGGCCCAUAGUGGCCUUUGUGCCCAUCGGGGGUGGGGCGUCCACCCAUGUCAGCAUUACAGGAACGGCUCUAUUGCAAAAAGUGAAAGAGACAUGUCGGGCGGUGGCUGAUGAAGCUGGUCAUGAGUUCAAACCCACGGGUUCAUCUCCUGAAGAGCUGGUUCAGGCAUGUCUAGAGCCCACAGCACCAGGACAAGUGUCUGGUGCCAUGUUUAUCUCUGCUCUUCAAGAGAUCUACACCCAGAACGGACUAGUAGACCGCAACUUUGUCAACAGUGCUCCACACCACUUCAACUCAGAGGCCUUUCUGGAGGGGCGUGGCCUAAUCAUGGAGGGUACGGUGACCAUUAAGGCUAACAUUCGCAAGGAGAACUUCCAGGCUGCCAGGGAAACACUGGGCAGGGUCCUUCAUACACUGCAGGACUUCUACAGCCACAGUAACUGGGUGGAACUGGGAUACACUGAGCCAUACAUCAACCUGAUACGCCCAGACCUUCCCCUGGAAAACCUGGCAGAUAUCCAAACUUCCACCUGCAGCGACUGUGCCAGUGGAACGUGUCCCAAUUCCAUCCUGCCCAACAUCCUGAAAGAGAAGAAACUUACAUCAGGCUACAUGGGAAUCUUCUCAGCUGCCAAGCCCAAAGGUAAAUGUAGCCAUGGAGGUGCAGCUGACCUGACUAGCACAGCAGAACCUCGCGGAGGCAUCAGCAAAGAUGAGCGCCGCUCAGACAACGUGGCCCUCCACAACGCUGCAGUGAAUGCAGCCACAGCCGCCAGCCUACAGCUGCUGGAGGACAUCCGAUUAGCUAUUGGGGACAAUGACUUUCUGAGAAUGAUGGGGAUUGCCCGCGCAUCCGUUGUGUGCUUUGUAAUCGACACUACUGGCAGUAUGUCGGCUGAUAUCGAUGUGGCCAGGAAUGUCGUUUACGAAAUAAUUGACAGCAAAAAAGGAACACAGGACGAGCCAUCCGAGUACAUUCUGGUCCCCUUCAAUGACCCUGAUUUUGGACCUUUGAUCAGGAAAACAGACCCUGAUGAGAUGAAAAUAGAACUCAACAAACUCACAGCGAGCGGAGGUGGUGAUACCCCAGAGAUGUGCCUGUCAGGACUUCAGUUGGCUCUCGCCGGUGCUCCUGACUCCUCCCAAAUCUAUGUUUUCACUGAUGCUAUAGCCAAAGACAUUGCCCUAAAGGACACUAUUGUUGCUCUCAUCAGGAGCUCCAAGUCAACGGUGUCAUUCUUUAUGACAGGGCCCACUGGGAGGCGCCGUCGUUCCCCCAGUGCUAGUUCCUUUGAAGACUACAAGGACCUUGCUUUGGCCUCUGGAGGCCAGGCCAUCCAGGUGUCUAAGAGGCAGUUGCCUCAGGCCACAGACGUCAUCCUUGACACCUCCACUUCAGCUCUGGUGACAGUUCUUCAGCGAGCAAGGAGCCCUGGGAAGCAGGAGACAUUUCCCUUCAUGUUGGAUGAAUCUCUGAAAAAUAUCACCAUCUACAUCACAGGACAAUCCAUUACUUUCACUUUGACCAACCCUGCAGGUGUGAGCCAGAACCACAAUGAGGCCAGCGGUAAGCUGGGGACCAUACACACAGUGGGCAACUUGCGGAGAAUUCGUCUCAACGCUGACAACCAGGCAGGAUCCUGGCAGAUUAACAUCAUUUCCAACCGACCAUACAUGCUUAAAGUCACGGGCCAGAGUACCAUUAACUUCAUCUAUGGCUUUGUGGAAAGCUUCGGGGGACCUCACCCAGGUUACGCAGUACUUAGUGGGCGUCCACAAGCAGGCCAGCCGGCCACUCUGAUGCUCUCAGUAAUGGGUAGGAAAGGUCCGUCCUCGAUGACCAUAGGCUUUGUUGCCCUGGUAACUGUGUCUGGUCCUGAGACUGUUAGAAAUAGCACAACAUCUGACAUGGGCAACGGAGACAUCCUGGUGACUGUUGAUGACGUCCCUGAUGGGGAGUUUGUGGUUAUCCUUAAAGGAACUGACAAAGUGUCAGGCAGUGAAUUUCAGAGACAGUCUACCACCCAGAUGUCCGUCUCCAAAGUGAACAUCCAGGCUGUGGUAGACCGCAGUGUGGAGCCAGGAAAAGCCUUCAAUCUCACCUUCAGUGUUAUGACCCAGGGCCCUGGUGGUCAAUACUCCAUCAGCGCCAGUAACGACAGGAGCUUUCCCAUGUCCUAUUCAGACAGCCUCACCUUGACAACUGGACAAUAUGCUAAUUCUACUAUGACCAUCAUGCCACCUGCCGAAACACCAUCAGGCACUGACGUCACUGUGACUCUGGAGGCCAAGUCGCCCAAUGGGGUUGACUCCAAUUACGUAGUUUUGAGAUUCUCUGUUGUGACCAAGAUUACAGAUUUUGUUCAGCCCGUGUGUGAAGUGGUGAAUGUGCUGGCUGAUGAUUGCCCUCAAGACGUGGCUCAGUGUAAACCUUUCCAGUGGAAGCUUGCGGCCACCCUUACAGACGGAAAUGGUACCGGAAUAGAGACUGUUUCCAUGCGCAAGGGCAGUGGAAACCUCACAACCACCUCUCUGAGUGCUCCAAUCAUUCAGGCCAACUACACAGCCUCCUGCUGCUCGCAGAUUGUUGAGUUUGUAGCGGUAGAUGCAGUUGGAAAUGUGGGCAAGUGCUAUCACUCCAUUGUACGCUCUGCAGGCCCGCCUUCCUUAAAUAUGUCGCUGCCACUGUUGUUUUGCCUGCUGGUAUCUUCCUUUGUAACAAAGUUUUGAAGGGCUUAAGUUAGGUUGACUUUACU